UCAGCUCAGCCGACUCGGAGGAAGUGAAGUCAAGCCCCGCGGCGGCAAAUCCACAGCUUGGGGCGGAGAAAGGAGGAGGAGGAGGAGGAGGAGGAGGUGGCUGGCGCGGCACCGCUGCACACCGACCAACCUACCUGCGGGUGCGAUAGAUGAUAUACGGCUUCUGCAAAUCAAAGAUAAUCCGGUUGCCUUGUUUCAGUAGCUACAAUGAAUCAGAGUGGCCAUUAUGAUAAUAUAGAAGUUGCUGGUAUUGUUCUCUACUCCUUCCUGGAAAACUCCUCCGGUGUUACUUUUGCUUCCAAGCUUUGUAGUUUGAAAAAACAGUUGUUAGUACCUUACAGUGUAUAUGAUGAUGGGGAGCUUCAGACAGAUGGCAAUAAUUUUGGACGAGUAGAAGACAGAACAUUAGUGGCCAAUGAGGAAACUUUCCGGAAAAUAGGAGCGCGGUUGGCUGUAAUCGGUGAUCAACUGGCUGAUGAAAUUGAGGACUCAUUUGUGAACAAUCUGGCACAACAAUUCAUGAUGGAAAAUGUGUCCAGUCAGCAUCUGUCUGAAGCAGUGAGGAACGUUGUGGCAAGGAUGCCUCCGGAUAUGGAACAGGAAAAAGCCAUGUUAAUGGCCGCAAUGAUUUUGGCCAAAAAAGUAGUCAACGUAGUCCCUGCGUUGUUGCAGCAAGUGUUCAGCACAACAGUGAAUUAUAUCAACCAGAACCUCCACGAUUAUGUGAACAAUUUGGGACCUGAGAACUGAACAAAAGGGAUGCACAUCUGCAUGCACGAAGUAAUUUGUUUUUUUUAAAAGUUUUUAAAGAUUAAGAAAAAUCGUGUCAUUUUGGUAUUUUAAGAUGUUUUUGAACUUUUUAUCAACAGUAACUUCAUUAUUCUACAUAGUUGACUGAAAUAUGAAUUGGCAACCUUUUCUACUUGAAAUCUUGGGCCAUUUUUUAUGUCCCUUGUAGAAAAAAGCAAAGUGGUUUAUUAUUCUCAGGAAUAAAAUUAAUAUUCUCAGGUGUUGAUGGCAUCUCUCCUUGAAGAAUAGAAGCUAAUGACCACCUUACAAUACCAUUAGACAGUCUGUUCUGCCACUUGCUAUUUAAGUGAAUAGUUGAUGGAAUAUGCUUGAUUUAUAGUUGCGAAUUUUUUUAAAAAAUGCAUGCUGUUCUGUUCCAUUUAUCUGCCAUUUAAAAAUUGCCAUAAUAUAAAGUCUUAAAAAAUUAAAA